AAAGGCUAACGUGAGUCUAAUUUACCGAACGUGAAGCUGUUUUUUUACAACCUGCAUGUCGUCCAAUACGCUGACAAGCCGUUCUGUGGUCGUGUUGUCUUUUCUUGGUCGGAAACAAUGAUAUAACUUUCACAAAAGUGAACGACUCCCCGCGCACACACAGCCAGAAAGCUCCCGGAUCAGAAAUGAGUUACAGGAGGGACAGGAGUAUACGAGAUGCGUACGAAGAGCGUUUUGACAGGCCAGGGAGAGGUCAGUACUCUCGAGGAGGGGAGAGGCGAGGACACUUUGGCAGGCCUGACGGUUAUGAAUACGAAGGCGGUCCUCGCUUUUUCCCGAAUGGCGGCGGACCGCGGAAUUACCAUGGAGAAGAUCAGCGCGGCUACCACGGAGAUGGCGGUCAUUUCCCGCCAGAACGCAGACCUGGUCCCCAUUCGCGAAGGGAUGAUUAUUCUUACAGAGGACCCAGGGAUGAGCAACACUCAGGCCGGCCUAUGGAAUAUAAUAACCGAGCACCACCACCACGCAACCAAGGCAUUUACCCAGCGCCCCGAUCGUUACCAGAGAGCGGAGCCGACACGCUCGUGCAAGCCAUCCUCAACCUGGACCGGGGAGACGACAGACAGGACUACCGGAGGAAGGCGCCGGCGUUCCCGCCCCCCAGAGACCGUUCCCCCCACAGCCGGUCAGGUUCGAGCGUGAGCAGCAGGAGCUACUCGCCGGACCGCGCCAAAAACCUCCCGUUUCCCUCACAGCAAGGCAAGAAAAAGAUCCCGGGUCUGUCAAGAGAAGGCUCGCCGAGCAGCGCAACCUCAAACAAGGAGGAGAGCAAUCCACCUGAAGCAGAAAAGGAGGAACCGUUGCCGGCUCCUGUCGCCGAGGAGAGUCCGAAGACAACCACAGACAACUUUAAGGAGCGCCGAGAGCUGGCGAUUGCGGCGAAAGCCCGGGAGAUUGAAAAGGUUUACCGCCAGGACUGCGAAACGUUCGGCAUGGUGGUGAAGAUGCUGGUCGCCAAAGAUCCCAAUCUGGAGAAGCAGCUCCAAGUCCCCCUCAGGGAGAACCUCGGGGAGCUCCGCGAGCGGUGCCUCGAGGACCUCAAGCACUUCAUCGGCGAAAUGGACGAGGCAGUACGACAGCCGGAGGCCCCCACUUGUGACUCGACCACCUCGGGCAGCCACAAGGCGCCAAAGACGGCGAUCAACAACGGCUCUCAGCUGUCUGACAAAUUGGCCUGAUGGAACAUUUUAGGAGUCACGUCCGACCGACCGCAGCAGAUCAGAUUUGGAUUCCGGCUGACUGGGGACAUCUUGGAUUUUCUGGAUUCUGACUCUUUUUCCGACACGUUGGGUAAGGGUUCAUCAGUGUUAACUUUGAACUUUUUUUUUUUUUUUUUUACCCAUUUGGUGUUCUCUGGAAAGCGUUGGCCUCACAGUUCCGGGCGCCCGUGUUCAAACCCGUCCCGUGCCUGUGUGGAUUUUCUCCCGGGACUCCGGUUUCCUCCCGCCUCCCAAAAACACGCAACGUUAAUUGGACACUCUAAAUUGCCCCUCGGUGGGAUUGCGAGUGCGAUUGUUUUGUCUCUGUGCCCUGCGAUUGGCUGGCAACCAGUUCAGGGCGUACCCUACCUCCUGCUCCGUUGACAGCUGGGAUAGGCUCCGGCACACCCUUGUGAGGAUAAGCAGCGAGAAAAAUUGGACCGAUGGAUGAAGUUCAAGAUCAAAUCUACUGGUGCUGUGUCACCAUGGUAAUGUCGCGAAAAAACAUUUUUCAAAUAAACAUACAUUUUUGGUUA